CUCUUCUUGAAGAUGGAGAAGAUGCUGGUGGGCUGCCUUCUGCUGGUCCUCGGACAGAUCCUCCUCCUCCCUGUUGAGGCCAGGGAGCGGCCUCCCUCGAGGUCCAUCUCCAGAGGGAGACAUGCUCGGACUCACCCCCAGAUGGCCCUCCUGGAGAGCUCCUGUGAGAAUAAGCGGGCAGACUUGGUCUUCAUCAUCGACAGCUCCCGCAGCGUCAACACCCACGACUAUGCAAAAGUCAAAGAGUUCAUUCUGGACAUCUUGCAGUUCUUGGACAUCGGCCCUGACGUCACCCGAGUGGGCUUGCUGCAGUACGGCAGCACCGUCAAGAAUGAGUUCUCCCUCAAGACCUUCAAGAGGAAGUCUGAAGUGGAGCGUGCAGUCAAGCGGAUGAGGCACCUGUCCACGGGCACCAUGACGGGGCUGGCCAUCCAGUAUGCCCUGAACAUCGCAUUCUCAGAAGCAGAGGGGGCCCGGCCCCUGAGGGAGAAUGUGCUACGGGUCAUAAUGAUCGUGACUGAUGGGAGGCCACAGGACUCCGUGGCCGAGGUGGCUGCAAAGGCACGGGACACAGGCAUCCUGAUCUUUGCCAUUGGCGUGGGCCAGGUAGACCUCAACACACUGAAGGCCAUCGGGAGUGAGCCCCAUGAGGACCAUGUCUUCCUGGUGGCCAACUUCAGCCAGAUGGAGUCGCUGACCUCGGUGUUCCAGAGCAAGUUGUGCAUGGUCCACAUGUGCAGCAUCCGGGAGCAUAACUGUGCCCACUUCUGCAUCAAUACCCCCGGCUCGUACGUCUGCAGAUGCAGACAAGGGUACAUCCUCAACUCGGACCAGACGACUUGCAGAAUCCAGGAUCUCUGUGCGUCAGAGGACCACGGCUGUGAGCAACUCUGCGUGAACGUGCUGGGCUCCUUUGUCUGCCAGUGCUACAGCGGCUUCACGCUGGCCGAGGACGGGAAGAGAUGUGUGGCUGUGGACUACUGUGCCUCAGAAAGCCACGGAUGCGAACACGAGUGUGUAAAUGCUGACGGCUCCUACUUUUGCCGGUGCCCUAAAGGAUUUGCUCUUAACCCAGAUAAAAAAACAUGCACAAGAAUCAACUAUUGUGCGCUGCACAAACCGGGCUGUGAGCACGAAUGCAUCAACACGGAGGAAGGCUACUACUGCCGCUGCCGCCGGGGCUACAGCCUGGACCCCAACGGCAAGACCUGCAGCCGGGUGGAUCACUGCGCGGAGCAGGACCACGGCUGUGAGCAGCUGUGUCUGAACACCGAGGAGUCCUUCGUCUGCCAGUGCUCAGAAGGCUUCCUCAUCAACGAGGACCUCAAGACCUGCUCCAGGGCGGAUUAUUGCUUGCUGAGCAACCACGGUUGUGAAUACUCCUGCGUCAACACGGACACAUCCUUUGCCUGCCAGUGUCCCGAGGGACACGUGCUCCGCAGUGACGGGAAGACCUGUGCCAAAUUGGACCCCUGUGCUCUGGGUGACCACGGUUGCGAACAUUCAUGUGUAAGCAGCAAAGACUCUUUUGUGUGCCAAUGCUUUGAAGGGUACGUCCUCCGUGAAGAUGGGAAAACCUGCAAAAGGAAAGACGUCUGCCGUGCAGGAGGCCAUGGCUGCGAGCACAUGUGCGUGAACAGUGGUGAGUCAUACGUCUGCAGGUGCCGGGAGGGAUUCCGGCUUGCCGAGGAUGGGAAACGCUGCAGAAGGAAGGAUGUCUGCAAAUCGACCUACCACGGCUGCGAACACAUCUGUGUUAAUCAUGGCAACUCCUACAUCUGCAAGUGCUCCAAGGGAUUUGUUCUUGCUGAGGAUGGAAGACGGUGCAAGAGAUGUACCGAAGGCCCCAUUGACCUGGUCUUUGUGAUCGAUGGAUCCAAGAGCCUCGGAGAAGAGAAUUUUGAGAUUGUGAAGCAGUUUGUCACUGGCAUUAUAGACUCCCUGGUGAUUUCCGCCAAGGCCGCGCGUGUGGGGCUGCUCCAGUAUUCCACACAGGUCCGCACAGAGUUCACCCUGAGAAACUUCAGCUCGGCCAAAGACAUGAAGAAAGCCGUGGCCCACAUAAAAUACAUGGGCAAGGGCUCUAUGACUGGGCUGGCCCUGAAACACAUGUUUGAGAGAAGUUUCACCCAAGCAGAAGGGGCCAGACCUCUCUUGGCACGGGUGCCCAGAGUGGCCAUCGUGUUCACAGAUGGACGGGCUCAGGAUGACGUCUCGGAGUGGGCCAGGAAAGCCCAGGCCAACGGUAUAACUAUGUAUGCUGUCGGAGUAGGAAAGGCUAUUGAGGAAGAACUACAAGAGAUUGCCUCUGAGCCCACGGACAAGCAUCUCUUCUAUGCCGAAGACUUCAGUACAAUGGGAGAGAUAAGUGAAAAACUACAGAAAGGCAUCUGUGAAGCUCUGGAAGACUCUGACGGAAGUCAGGACUCCCCAGCAGGGGACCUGCCAGAGAGGGCCCACCAGCGCACAGAACCUGAGCCAGUCACCAUAAAUAUCCGAGACCUACUUUCCUGUUCUAAUUUUGCAGUGCAACACCGAUAUCUGUUUGAAGAAGACAGUGUUUCACGGUCCACACAAAAACUUUUCCAUUCAACCAAAUCUUCAGGAAGUCCUUUGGAAGAAAAGCAUGAUCAGUGCAAAUGUGAAAACCUUAUAAUGUUCCAGAACCUUGCAAAUGAAGAAGUGAGAAAGUUAACGCAACGCUUAGAAGAAAUGACACAGAGGAUGGAAGCGCUGGAAAAUCGCCUGAGAUACAGAUGAGGGUUUGGGACGCCCUCCAUAUUUGUACAUCAUUGUAGCAAGGCUGACGAUGAAAGCAGUUCGGAGCCCCAAAGCUCAGCCUAUUGUUAAUUCUAGAAGGUUGUCAACUAAAAUGUAGCUAGUCCUUAGCUGGUUUGCUAUAGAACAAAGGCAAAAAAUAUACACUAACUUGUAUAAAUUUAUUGAGAAAAAAAUCCUUCAGAGCCCUAAAAUGCGAUUAUCCAGUGAGAACAAAUAAGCUAUGCAGGAUACUCUGUAACGUACCGUGUGGACAUGAUUUGCUCUGGCCUUGUCCUACCUUAGUGUGUUGCGAGCUCAUCGGACAAACAGCUUGUGGUCUGACUCCUGUAGAACACUGGCCAUAGGAAAAGCUAUUUUUCUGUAUUGGACUUUUACCUUGAUAUAUGUAUAUGGAUGUAUGCAUAAAAUCAUAGACAUAUGCACUUGUAUUAACAAGUUGGGAUUUUUUUUAUACAAUAUUAAAGUUCACCACUUCAGAGAAUGGUA